UUUGAUCUUUCUUUUUUGUCUUUUGAUGGCCAUUAGGAAUGGGGUUUCGUAUUUGAGAAGCCCCUGAACUAACUUCUUUUGGUUCUUUUGGUCUUGGUUGUUUGAUGUUGCCCGCUAAACGUUUGGAGCUUUUGUGUGAGUGACUAGUUGUUAGUUAACAUGCUGUAAGCUACAAAAUAGGAACGCCCCCUUGUCAAUUUAACUGCCAUCAACUGAAAGUUGAUGUAGCGAAGUAUGGUUGUUGGAUUUGCAUACUCUUAAGGUAUAGUCCUAUAUGUUAAUGACAAUAUAGAGGAGAGGGACUGCACAUCAUUGUAUUCCCUGCAACAUGUCCCAAUUAAACCUAUGAUAAAUACUGAAUAAGAUGUGUACUCUAGGCUCUAAGGCUCGAACCUUCUCCAGGUCUUGCGCAAGGGCUAAGCUAUUUUGUGCGCGGCUCUCCCCUUUUGAAACCCAUUAUAUAUAUCAUCAGGUCUAUGAUGUGACAUGGUUGAAGAAGUUUCAGUACAUGUUGUUCUUGCAGCCCAGCCUUCCAAAUAUCUAGAAUGACUAGUUUGCCGAAAACAGUGGCAGAUCUUGUGCACUAGAGCUUUCCUAUCUCUCUUUGUUGGAUUCUUCUGUUGUGCUGAAGCCUUUUUCCAUUUUAAGUUUGGUAUCUUGCUGCUUUUUGAGCUUCUGCGUGCAUAACUUUCACAGGCUAUGCCAUCUCCUCUACCUAAAAACUAACUAUGGAGGAUGAACCUAUCAAAAUGCAUCCUCGGGGUCCACUCUUGUUAUUUAUACUCGCUGAUUGCAAAAUUUUCCCGAUGAUGUUGUUUGGUUUGGGUUGGGCAAAGUAUCCAAGCAGGGAUUCUUAUAUCCAUGGGAUCAGUUAUAUAUUUUGUUUAUUUGUUUUGGCCAGAUCUUCAGUUUGUUUUAUCUUUUUCUUAUAUCUUAUCUUAGGCGAGGAAGCUUGAAGCACAAUUGGAUGAGCAGAUGCACUUGUAUCGUAAAUUAGUUUCUACAAAGAUUGAAAACUCUAAUGACAGUGAUCUUGAAUCCGGAAUCGAUCAACUUCUCAAACAUCUCCAACAAGUGACUUUUCAAAUGCAAGCUUGGGUUUCAUCAGGAGGAUCAGAAAUAUUUUCCCAUACAUUAACUCGACAUUUGGAAAUCUUUCAGGAUGUUUCUCAGGAGUUCAAUCGGCUCCGUUCCAGCCAUAGAGCAAAGAAACAGCAUGCUUCAUUGCUUGAGGAUUUUAGGGAGUUUGAUAGGACAAGAUUAGAUUUGGAAGAUGGUGGUGGUUCUUAUGAGCAAGAGCUGCUAAAGGAGCAUGCCUCUGUUAGUAGGAGUACUGGGCAGAUGGACAAUGUCAUUUCUCAAGCACAGGAAACUCUCAAGACGCUUAUGUUUCAACGGUCAACAUUCGGGGGUAUUAGUACGAAGCUUAGUAAUGUGGGCAGCCGCCUUCCCACUGUAAGGAAGCUAUUACUCCGUAAAUUGUUGUUUGAUUUUUAGGAUUCUGCUGAUUUACUUUCUGGGAGUUGGGUUCAACAUCCUCUAGGAAGAGAGUUUGUUUUCUUUUCUUUUUCUUUCUAAAUUUUAUAAUGUACUUUCUGAAUUUCUGCUUAUGCCUAAACAUUUCACAGGUUAACCAUAUUCUGGCUGCUAUAAAGAAGAAAAAGUCAAUGGAUACAAUAAUCCUUUCAUUGGUUGCAGCCGUCUGCACGUUUUUAAUUUUAAUUUAUUGGUUGACCAAAUAGGAAGUGGUUGUGAUUUUCAAUUUUUUUGGGGGAUGGUUCCUUUUUUUUUUUUUUUUUUUUAUAAUAUACUUUCUGAACUUUUUCAACAACCUUUGGUUCGUAAAGCCACUGACCUCAUAAGGACAUAAAGUGGUGGUGGUGGUUUUCAUGGCUUGAAUUUUGUCUUUGUUUUAUUUGAUUUUGUACAUCUUCACGGGGAUUAUGACCAAAUAUUAUGUUGAGGUGCACACUAGAACAUAUCAAUAGUUAUAUAUAGAGCCAAUAUGUGUUGGUGCAUUGGUAGUUCCGAGACUUUGAUGUGUAAUCUUUGUACAAAUCUUGAACAACUUUCAUUUAUAGUUCAUUUUGAAUUGCACGUGACAUUGUAGAGUAGUACAACUGAUGGUUAGGACUAGGGCUUCUCUUUUUGUUCCGUUUUGUUUUUGUUUUUUUUAUCCCCCCUCUUAUUUUUUGUUUUGUGUAGAGUAAUUUCAUUUAGCAAGGAAAAAAGAAAUUUAACUGUAGAAAUUAGCUAUCAAAUUCCGUGAUUGUGAUUGCUAUUUUGCAUAUCCAAUGUUUCAGAUUUGAGUUGCAUGGACUCUUGUUGCUUUCAUUUGGCAUCACUAUAAAUUCUUAACCUCAUAACAAUAGUCAGAUGUUUUGUUACCCCCAACAUAAUAUUUAUCCAUAUGAAAACGACAAAUUGAAUGGACAUUCCCCUUAGGCCCUUACAGCAUUGGCACGACAUCAUAUUCACCUCGUCCUAUGGUAUUAGUUCAAAUUUUUAAUACUCCAUUCAUUUUUUUU